UCAGUUUCUACUCUUUUUUUUUUUCCAUUGUUGCUCUCUUCUCUCUGCCGAUUGCGUCGCGCACUGAUUUUAUCCUGCAUUAAUUUUCGCCGGUGAUUCUGCCGAACGGCUGCCGGACGGCUGCCGGAAUCCGAUGCUUCUCCUUAAACUGACUGUUAGCUUCCGCUGUGGGUUCCGCCGGCCUUAGAUUUCCGUUCAUUCGUUCCUAGUUUUGCUGCCAACUUCUCUGAAUUGUUCGUAGUUUCUCUGUAUCGGGAUUGAGUCUCAACGAAAAGCCGUAUUGUGACAGAACUGGAACUUCAAUAGAGUAAUGGCGUCUUCAGAUGACGAGGCUGAGGCCUUGCCACUGACUGUCUCAAAUUAUCAUUUCGUGGAUCACAAGGAAGAACCGGUUUCGUUCUCCAUUUUGCCGAUUCAAUGGGGUGAAGUGGAGACAUUGGAUGGCAGUCAAGAACCGAUUUUCCUGCAUGGAACUGCCGAUGAUGGACUUCAAAAGGUUUAUAAACAAGUAACUGCCUGGAGGUUUGAUAUUUGCUGUAUAAAGCCAGAGAUAUCAGUGCUUUCCAAAGAAAACACGUGGAUUAAGCUUCUGAAGCCUAGAAAGAGCUUUGAGGACACCAUUAGAACCAUAUUGAUCACAGUACAAUUCCUUCAUGUUUUGAAGAGAAAUCCAGAUACACCUAGCAAAACAUUGUGGGAUCACUUAGCCAAAAUUUUCAGCUUAUAUGAGGUGAGGCCUUCACAGAAUGAUUUGGUGGAUCACAUGCCUCUAAUCAGUGAAGCUGUUAAAAGGGAUGAUAUAUUGGCAAAGUCCCAGUUUCUACUUGCAUUUCUUGAAGAGAGGCCCGGUAAGAGAAGGUUAUUUCAUGAGGAAGUUCAAAGCACAGUGAAGUCUAGUUUUAUUGUUGAUGAUUCAGAUGAUGAAGACAUAGAUGAAGAUGCUGUUGAAGAGGAUAGUGAUGAUGAUGUCUUUGAUUCUGUCUGUGCAUUUUGUGACAAUGGUGGUAAUCUUCUAUGCUGUGAUGGGAGGUGCAUGAGGUCCUUUCAUGCAACCGAAGAGAAUGGUGAUGAAUGUUUGUCUCUUGGUCUCUCAAGGGAUGAAGUAGAUGCAAUUGAAACUUAUAUUUGCAAGAAUUGUGAGUAUAAACAGCACCAGUGUUUUGCUUGCGGGAAUUUGGGUUCAUCUGAUAAGUCUUCUGUUGCUGAGGUCUUUCAAUGUGUAAAUGCAACUUGUGGUUAUUUUUACCAUCCUAAAUGUGUUUCAAAAUUGCUUCAUCGGGAGAAUAAAGUUGCUGCUGAGGAACUUGAGAAGAAGAUUGCUUUUGGAGAAUCUUUUUCAUGUCCUGUGCAUAAGUGCUCUGUUUGUAAACUUGGUGAAAACAAGAAAAUCCACGAGUUGCAGUUUGCUGUUUGCCGUCGUUGCCCUAAAUCAUAUCAUAGGAAAUGCUUACCGAGGAAGAUCGCUUUUGAAGGUUCAGAGGAUGAUGAGAUCCCAACCAGGGCUUGGGAAGGGCUAUUACCUAAUCGCAUAUUGAUAUAUUGCUUAAACCAUGAUAUUGAUGAAGAAGUUGGGACUCCAGCGAGGGACCAUAUUAAAUUCCCCGGUCUUGAAGAGAGUAAGAUUCCUACUCAGCAGAAGAAAAUUUCUACAGGUGAUGCAAGAAAAGGGAAGACAAUAGAUUUUCUUGGGAGUAGAGAGAAAGUUGUAUCGAAAAAGGGAAAUUUGUUGAAUGAUUUUCAGGGAAAAUCUGCUGCAAAAGUAACCAAAUCAUUUGAAAGGUCAUUGUCUCAAGGGAAGGUUCUUGGCAAAGAAACUGAGAAAUCAUUGGUGGGCUCUGAGUCUAGAAAAGUGAAAUUGGGUAAUGUUUCAAGAAAGUCGUUGAAUCAAAAUUCAGAAUCUGUCCUCAUGGAUGUUGACAAGUCUAUCAAAGUAAGAAAAUCCUCCUUAGUUGGCAAGUAUGGCACGACAACCAAGAGGUCUGAUCAAAAUAAGUCUUCUAAGGAGGAUAACAUUGAACUGGGCAAGUCUGAUGCAUCUAAAUCUCUGACAAAGAAGUUAAGCAGUGAGAUGCCUCAAUUAGAUGCUGAUACGGAGAGGAGGCUAAUGGACUUGAUGAAAAGUGUUGCAUCUUCAAUUACUUUGGAGGACGUAAUACAGAAGCACAAACUUCCAUCUUCUACUCAUGCAUGCUCUUUAAAACAUACCGUGGACAAGAUAAUCACGAUGGGGAAGUUGGAAGGCUCUGUUGAGGCUGUUCGAGCUGCUCUACGCAAGCUCGAGGAAGGAUGUAGCAUUGAGGAUGCAGAAGCUGUUUGUGAACCUGAAGUUCUUAAUCAAAUAUUUAAGUGGAAGAACAAACUGAGAGUAUAUCUUGCACCAUUUCUUAAUGGCAUGCGCUACUCCUCCUUUGGCCGCCAUUUUACCAAAGUGGAGAAACUUCAGGAGAUUGUUGAUAGGCUUCAUUGGUAUAUACAGAAAGGCGAUACAAUUGUAGAUUUCUGCUGUGGUGCAAAUGAUUUUAGUGUUCUAGUGAAGAAAAAACUUGAUGAGACGGGGAAACGAUGCUCAUACAAAAACUUUGACUUGAUUCCACCGAAGAAUGAUUUUAGUUUUGAAAGGAGGGAUUGGAUGAGUGUGAAACCCAAGGAACUGCCUAAAGGAUCUCAAUUGAUCAUGGGGCUGAAUCCUCCAUUUGGAGUUAAAGCUUCCUUGGCCAACAGAUUCAUUGACAAGGCUCUCGAGUUUAAUCCAAAGCUCCUUAUUCUUAUUGUUCCUCCUGAAACUGAGAGAUUAGAUAAAAAAAAGACUCCUUAUGACCUGGUCUGGGAGGAUAAUACAUUUUUGUCAGGAAAGUCGUUUUAUCUUCCUGGAUCCGUUGAUGUGAAAGAUAAGCAGAUGGAUCAGUGGAAUGUCAGGCCACCCUUGCUAUAUUUGUGGAGUCGUCGUGACUGGGCUGACAAACAUAAAGCCAUCGCGCAAGAGCAUGGUCAUCUCUGGCCGAGGAAACUGGAAUCGGAAGAAGGGAAGACUUUUGAUACUUCAAGGGCGAGGCAACCAGAGGAGUCUAAAAAGGGUAAGAGUUCUGAUUUGUCAAGGCAUUGGCAACAAGAGGAUUCAGGAAAGGGAAAAGGUUCUGAAGUGUUGAGGCCUAAGCAACUGGAGUCGGAAAAGGGCCAAAGGUCUAAAACAUCGGACGAUCAUAUUCAUGUCAGUGAUACAUUGCUAGCAGAUGAACCAGAAGGUUCAAGGAAUGGAUCGGUUGUCUCUGAAGUUCAUAAAAGUGGGUCCUCGAAGACGACAAAGAGGGAUAGCGAUAGAGAGAGCCAUGACAGUCGAGAGCAUCGUACUAAUCUGUCUCCUGAGGCUCCGAGUAAGAGGAAACGUUUUGAAGGAAAAGCUAGAAGAGGAGAGGGUGAGUCAUCAGAAGAGAGCACACGUGAUGUUAAAAAGCCUUCUCUAAAUGAGAUCUACCAGGGGCCUCAUGCUUCUCCAAAUGUUAGUGAUCAUAAAUAUUCUUUGGAUGGUUUCUUGUCCAAGUCUGUUGAGAUGCCUCCAUUUACUGAGGUGGGAGUGAUCGGUCAUCAGCAGAUGGGAUUGACGAUGCUCAGCAGGAAUACCAACUUGGUAGCUGCUUAUGAUGCAGCACGAAGCAGCUCGACCGAUGACAUUGCCCGGAAGUACAACCUCAAUGCUGAAGAGCCCAAUCGAAUUGGGACCAGUGGAUGGUCAAACAAUGUAAGUCCUAUUUCUGAUAUUGGUUCUAGACACUUUGAAGAACGUAUCAUCAAUCAAAUGCGAGGACAUGUCGAUGGCCUUAACUAUAAACCCUACACUAGCAGGCCUGAAGGGUACAUGGGGGACUCAGAAAUACGAUCGCAUAUUCAUCGUUACGGGCACUCAGGUACUGAUAAUUUGAGAAGCAAUUAUCAAGCAGGACUUGAUCCUGGGUAUAGCAGGAUUGGGUCGUUCCCAGCUACUUAUGGGCAUCUGGGUGCACCCCCCGAAUCAUCCUACUGGAGUAACACUUCAGCAACGCAACGAUAUGCACCUCGACUCGAUGAGUUGAACCACACUAGAUUGGGUGGAAUGGGAGCUGCGCAUCAGCUGAAUGGCAGCAGCGCUAUCGAUCCGAGAGCACACCUACCCUCCGGUUAUAGGGGUGCGCCACAGGGGUUUGCUUCCGGUCCUCAAUACCCGUAUUCAAACCAUAAUUCAGCUGGUUGGCUUAACGAGUAGGUACGAUACUCGGAAUCUAUUAACGUUCGCCUUAACGCUUACUGCAUUUUGCAUUUUUUGGCUAACAAACUACAUUACUGGAUGGGUAUACACUACUGAACGAUCGUGUAAAUGGCAGUUUAUUUGUUUGGCUAUUUUGAAUAAUAUCCUUAAGAACAGUUUAGUUUGAAAAAUAGCCUUAUUGUUGGCUCUGGUCUGUAUAACUAUAUUGUAACUUUAAUAACGAUCGCUGAAACUAACAGAUUGUUUCUUUUGAAA